UGCAAAUAAAUUUCGAUCUGGUAACAUUAACAUUGUUAAAAAUAUUAAAAACGCGCAAAUAAACAAAUAUUUUUCUAUUAAACCACAAAAAAUAUUGAAGUAAACUUUCUUAAUUAUGGAAACCAUUGAAUUUAACGAUAAAAAUGAUGGAAUGCAUUUGAUAGUAGAAACUUCUUAUAGCUUAUCAACUUUGCAAGAAUUUAUAAAUCAAACUUGUUUAGCUGAUAAAUGUGAAUUUUUACAACAUACAAUGGAUAUAGAAAAGAUUUGCAAAAACUUCCGUAAUCUGCUAGAAAACUAUGAGUUAAAUCUUGAUGAAAUUACGAGUCUUUUUGUGGCGGCUUCUAUGACUUAUUUUAUAAAUGCCACUCCGGAGAAUUUCGAAUGGCGCUCUCAUCUUUUGCAAAAAACAUUUCAAUAUGUAGACACUUUGAGUCCAAUGCAUGUAAGAUUGCAUGUGGCCACUAAACGUCUUUGGAAUGCCUUUCAAACAGAAGGAAUCGAAUUUGUUUUCAACAUUCUAACAAUAAGUCAUCAUAUAUCAUUGACCAGUGAAACAGGACGUGCAAUAGCCAUAUGUUUGGUAUGGACAUUGAUUUGUGAGAUCACAGAGACGGAAAUACAAAUGUGCUCCUUUCAUGAGUUCAGUGAAUUGAUAAAGAUGUUAGAAGAAUUAGAUGAUGAACUUCUGCAGGAAGAAGAACACAUACGUAUCGUUUAUGUGUUGGUGCAAUGUCUUGGUUUUGUAAUUAAUGCUGUGGUGUAUGGAAAAAAUGAUGACUUAAAAAAGGCCGGUUAUAGCAACUAUUUUUCCUAUACCCAACAUGAGUUGGAGAAGUUGAAAAAAUAUGCGGAACGUUUAACAAGUUUACUAAAGAUCAAUAUUUCGGGAGAUAAUAAUUUCGAGUUGAGAAUGACAAUCACCGAAUAUAUAAAUAUUAAUAUUAUUGGUAUUUUACAAGAGAAGAUAUCUGAAAUGCAAACUAUUUAAUAAAUAUGAUGUUAUUCUUAUAUUUUCCUUAAAAAGUAAAG